CGUCGACAUGACCUUAUUAAUAUUCAUGAGUAAAGCCUCCGCCAUAGUACGGUUCGUAAUUACGCGACCCUCCCACACUCUCUCUCUCACAUUCUCCGUUCUUCGGCUGUCCUCAGCAUCCCCUCUGUGAUGAUGGCGUGUGUGGAUGCUGCUGAUGCGGCGGUGCCCGGGGCCUAAUCCACCGGUUACCGGGAAACCCGAGAGGCGAGGACGUGAGGGGCUGGACAGUAUGAGCCUUUCCUUUAACGACCGGUUACCGGAUCACUGCUAUAUCUCAUGUCAGUUUGUUUGUUCGCGUGAAACCGAGGAAUGAAGUGCUGCAACCAUGAUGCAAGGACUGAAAAAGCGUACCCGAAAGGCCUUCGGGAUACGGAAGAAAGAAAAGGACAGUGACUCCACUGGAUCACCAGACAAAGACAAAUCUAAAAAAGCCAAUGGUGCACCUAAUGGAUACUACGGUGAGAUUGACUGGGAUCGAUAUAACUCUCCGGAUGUGGAUGAUGAGGGUUACAGCGUUAAACCUGGAGAACAAGGGGGAGCAGCUCCAAAAGUCAAGAUGUUAUUCUCCUCCAGUGAGUCAGAGGGAGAGGAGGAGCAUGGGAAGAAAUUCAAGAUCAAGAUCAAGCCGUUGACAUCAAACAGUGGAAGCUGCACAGUGUCUACUAUGGAUGAGCUGAAGGCCUCAGUGGGGACACUGGCGAUCUCUCCUUCUCCUCUGAGAAAGAGUCCGAGGCGAAGUCCAUGCCAGAUGAAACGAAACCUGUCAAGUGAGGAGAUUGCCAGACCACGACGAUCUACUCCAACACCCACGACAACUCCAGGACCCGGUUCAGACCUGCCCAGAGAAAAAACAACAGUGUUCUUCGGCUCGCCAUUUGAGACCAGUUUUGAAGCACACAACUCAGAAGUGUUCCCGGUUGAGCCGGAGCUCUGGUGUCGGUCCACUUCUCUCUCCUCCUGUGUUCUGAGCAGAUCUCUGCCCACUGGAGCUCCGCCUCCACUUCCUCCAAAGAACAUUGCUGUCACCCCACCUGGACGCAGCUCUAGCUCCGUAGAGUCUUCCGGUUAUUAUAGUGUGGUUCCUAGUGUCAGAGGAGAUGGAUCAGCUUCGGCCUGUCAGGAUGCCCCAUUAUCUGACCCAUCCAGAGGGGCGUCCAUGCCUGACUUGGACAGUGUUUUUGGGCCUGUUGAGACGCCCAGGUCUGGAUCAGAUGUGGUGCAGUGCAGCUGGGUGAGCUUCAGCGAAGGCUCUCCCGCCAGACCUCCUCCGCCAGAUGAACCCGCCCCUUCCCCACCUCUGUCCUCUUCCCCCGCGGACUCGCCCCCGACCUCGCCUCUCAACCUGCCGCCACCCGUCUCGCCCCCUCCCCCACUCCACUCCAUCCCACCUCCAGAUUCACCUCCACCACCACCGCCCUCAGACUCUCCUCUGAGUCCCCUGUACCUUCCCUGCUGCUUUCAGCUCCCAGAGUCAGAGCUCGCCCAAGAGUCCCCCCUCACCCCUGCCAGCCCUGGACUGCCCUUCCUGCCAGCAGACCACCCUCCACAUGGAGCCAUACCUUCCCCUCUUGCCUUGAAAGAUGACAGCAGAAGAACCCCUGACCUGGUGGGCAUAAGGGAUGAGAUUGCUGUGUUUGGCACGUCACCCAAAGACCUCACAGCAGGAAGCUUCAGAGGAACCCCACCUCCACUUCCACCUCCUACUUACAGGAGUGUGAUGGGCUCCCCAGGACCUGGCAGUGGGCCGUCCUCUCCCGCACGUGCCGGCACUCCCCUGUCUGCUGGCAGUCCGAUCCCACCUCUACCACCAAGACCAUCAUCACGACCUAAACUGCCACCUGGAAAACCAAACCUAGCAGAUCUGGCCCGUCCCUUCAGUCCCCCCAUCCACUCGUGGAGUCCUCCACCCUUUGCUCCUCUGGCCAGAGCUGAGAGCACCUCCUCCAUCUCCUCCGUCACCUCUCUGAGCGCAGCUUCCACACCUACUCUAGGCCGAGAGCUCAACCUCUCUGUAUCAGCGUGUUCCCGAGGUCCAAGUCCUCUCACAAUGGGACCCCAGGACACUCUACCAGUGGCAGCCGCCUUCACAGAGACCAUCAGCGCCUACUUUAAAGGAGCAGAUCCCACUAAGUGUCUGGUGAAGAUCACUGGUGAGAUGGUGCUGUCUUUCCCAGCAGGGAUCACCAGACACUUCUCCAGCCAUCCCAGUCCACCAGUGCUGACCUUCACCAUCAGCCAGUACAAUCGGCUGGAGCAGGUCCUUCCCAACCCACAGCUUCUGUGCUGCAACACCACGCCACCUACAGGUGAUUCGAAAGAGUUCUGGGUCAAUAUGUCAAGCUUGUUGAGUCACCUGAAGAAAGUGGCUGAGCAGAAGCCACAGGCCACAUAUUACAACGUGGACAUGCUGAAGUACCAGGUGUUCACUCAAGGCAUCCAGUCCACUCCGCUGAACCUUGCGGUGAGCUGGCGCGGUGAUGCCAACAGCACAGACCUCAGGAUAGACUAUAAAUACAACAUAGAGGCCAUGCCCACACCCACACCACUCACCAAAAUCCACUUCGUGGCAGCUGUGGACGGCGGCGUGAACAAACUGCAGGCUAUGCUCCCACCUGCCACCUGGAACCCAGAGACACAGAAAAUAGCAUGGAAGAUCCCAGAGCUCUCACAGAGGUCUGAAAAUGGAGGGGUGGGCGCUCUUCUGGCUCGCUUCCAGUUAGCCGAGGGCCCCAGCAGACCAUCUCAGCUGGCAGUGCAGUUCACUAGUGAGGGCAGCAAUCUGUCUGGCUGUGAUUUUCAACUCGUAGGUUCAGGCUACAGACUCUCCCUGGUUAAAAAAAGGUUUUCUGCAGGUAAAUAUCUGGCAGACAACUGACCCGGCCACAGCGAUGACCUGCAGGAUGGACUGUGAGUGGGAUGUUAGGAUGCUCUUUUGGCACUACAAAGACUUUUGAAAAUGUUUUUAUUGAAACUCCAGAAAUACAGCACUUAUAAUGUCUGGUGUAGAAUAUCAUCAGUGCGUUCUGUGUGUGUGUGUGUGUGUGUGUGUGUGUGUGUGUGUGUGUGUGUGUAUAAAUAUUAGCAAAUAUUUUGUGUGUAUAUGAUAAAACUUCAGGACAAAUGCAAUACGUGGACUUUUUUCGCUGGGUUCUUGCAGAAGGCAGAGUUUCCUUUUUCACUAUUGAUUGCACUCGCUCUCU